GUUAUAAAUUAUUUGUGUUAAACAGCAACAAAAACUAAGAUAAAAACAAACUAUACGAUUUGUUGCAAGGCGCAAGCCACGGGGUAGCAGCUCUGUUUGUGCGUGUAUGUGUGGUACAGUUGGGUAGAAAAACAUUGCUGGCCUGGCAGCGCCGCACAAAUUUAUGAGUUCCACAGCAAAUGUAAAGGCAAGCAAAGCGAGCAACAGAACUUAACAAAACAAAACAAAUUGGUAUUAUGUUAUUGCUGGCUGCUAUCACGUAGAUCAAGCAAAAUAAUUCUACUGCAAAUCAAUGCAAAUGAAAAUGAAUGGCGUUGCCAAUUUGCUGAUAUUAUUCACAAACAGGGACGUCUUGUCGAACGCAAUCGAACGCAGUGCAGUGAAAGUGUCCGAAACGGAAAUCACAAAGUCGUUUAUUAAAAGACAGAACCGAAAAAUGUAAAACCAUUUAAAUUGACUACUGAAAGAUGCGAGCUGGAAAAAAAACGGAAGCUGAGAUAGGAAAGACUCGACCGUGCAUUGUAUACGUAAAAAAUCUAAAGGAAUCUGAAGCCACCGACAUAAUCAACGCGGCAACAUCCAGUAAACCAACAAAAAAAGGGCGCAUCGCCGCAGCUAAACAACCGACCAGGCGAACACAUAUAGAAAACGAGUUGGAGCAGGAACGAGAUAAACCGCGAGCGACGCGCACCUCUCGACGCGCCACGACCAUUGCAAACGUCGAGCUGUUGCCGAAGAUCAAACAGACCGCCGUUGUAGGCGCAACUCCAAUUGCCACACGCACUCGCAACGCCAAAGGCGAACCAACGACCAUACCAAGGGCAGCUGCGAAGACAACAACGAAACAACAGGUCAAGGCGGUGGCAACACCAUUGAGCAAGCGGCGCAACACAGCGCUAAUAUUACCCGUGGCCGGGACGUGCACACCGCUUAGCAAGCGGCGCGACACGACGACCCGAGAUAUCGUUAGCGAGCCAAACAAAACAAAAAUGUACAAACAGUCGAAAAUUGCCGCAACGGCAGUGGCAACGCCGCCGCCAACGAUUGCGGCUAGCCGCUCGCGUCGCUCCAUCAAGCCGAAUCCGAAAUACGCCAGCGAUGACAUGGUAACGCCAAAGUAUGUGGCUGCCCUGGCCAGCGAAAAUACCAACAAACGGUCGGUUAAGCACCUAUUCGCCAAUGAUGAUGACGAGGAUGAGGAUAUGCACGAUCUGAUUGAGGAGGAUAACGAUGAUGAGCUGGCCGAUGCGGCAUUUAAUCCACAGCUGCACAAGUCCGAUGACGAUGAUGACAUCAGUGAGCAGGACUUUGAGCUGCAAUUGCGACGCGAGAAGGUGCCACCAAAGCGCGGACGUGGACGUCCACCGAAAUCGGCCAGUGCAGCAACAGCUUCUAGCAAUACCCCAUCCCAAGCCGGACGGGGCUCCACUCAAACCGGCCGCGGCGGUGUCACGCAUUUGCAGCAGCUGCGUCGCACAAUCGCGCCCAAUUUGGCGCGAUCCCACAUGAAAGUGAUGGCAACUCCAACGGUGGGCAACAAACGCAAGCUAGAGGAUGCCAAUGAUACGCCAAUAGCACGCAAACGUAUGGCCACUGAAGCUGGCGGCGUUGCUCGCUCGGCGCCAGCUAUCAAUGGCAGCACUUCUGUGGCCAAAGCGUCUGCCAUUAGUCUGGCCAGCAAUCAGGCCAAGCCAAAGGUUGUCGUGGGCAGCACCAGCAGCAGUAGUAACAACAACAACAGUGGCAGUGGCAGUGGCAGUGGGCUGCGUAUGAUGCAAACAACGGCAGCCAAACCACGGCCAGCAUCCAACUUCAAGCUGAGCACGGCUACAGCGACAGCACGGAACGCUGGCGGUGCUGCAGUGCCGCGUACGGGUAUUGUGGGCCGUCCGCCCAGCUCGACAAAUGCACUCAAAGUGCAAAAGGCAGCAACGGCCGUGAGUGCAGCGGCAGCAUCUAUGAAAUCAACAGAAAAUGACGAUGUGCCCACGUUCACAAUCGUUAACAUUGAUGACAUUAUAAAUCAAGACGAUGUGCUUAUUACGCGCUCCUCCAACAGCAAUAGCGGCGGCAAAAAAUUGUUGACCGCAGCGCGCAGCAACAACAACAGCUCGCGCACAAAUCAAUCCACGUCCUCCCCCACAGUAGCAAUCGGCAGCAGCAGGAACAGCAGCAGCACGUCAGGCAAUAAUUUAACCGCAAGCUCAACCAACAAGCGGCUCAAAGCAGCAACAGUAACAACAGGAACAGGAACAGCAACAACAACUGCAUCAGCAGGAACGACCACCAACAAGCACACGUUGGCGCUCAAUCAUAACAAACAGACGUCGCUGGUCGUCUCUGUGGGUCAAACGAAACCGCGACCGCGCAUUCUGAAUGCUGAAAUGGGUAAAAAGACGCAGCCAAUGAUGAAGCCGCUAAUGAGCAUGGGCAAGGAGCUCUGUCCCAUGACCGAUGGCGGCGAUACCGAGGAUGAGGAUAUAUCCAAUGAGCUGGCUGAGGAUGACAUGCACGCAUCACCACCUCCAGCAACAACCAAUCAGGCGCGCGUGGUGCGACGUGUGCAGACUGCUAAAUGGUUACCCAAUCGACGCCAUGUGCUAUCAACGACAACGUCGGUGAAUGCCAGCAAUAAUCAAAGACAUCAUCAGCAACAGCAGCAGCAGCACCACCACCACCACCAACAACAACAACAACAACUGUCAAGUGGCCCAGAUCGUAAGCUAACCAAGCUGCUGGGCGAGAGCAGCGACGAUGAUGUAUUUAAGAAGCCGGCAAGUCCGUCUACAUCAACGCCAUCACAACGUCGGUACAAGGAGAAUGCAACGGAUGAGGAGGCAGCCACGGCAACAGCUGAACCCGAAACGGAGGCCAAACAGCCAAAAUACUUUCCACCGGAGACAACCACAUACUGUCAGGAGGAUGGACGCCUUGUCAAGAAGAUCACCUGCUAUGAGACCUGGCAUGUGAUUAGCACGCCCAAAGAGCCAUCGAGCAAGACACGCCAGCAACGCACCUGCCUCGAAUUGCCGCUGGUCAAGCUGGCAAAUGUUGCCGCACGCAUCAAGGUGCCCUCCACCAAAUGGACCAGCAAGGUGACCCUCUAUAAGCUGUCGCCGUCGCUUAUGCAGCGCCAGACAAUGACCAUAUUUACUGGUGAUCUAAAAACCUAUAAUAUACCCGAAGAGGAGCGCCACAAAUAUCAGCCAUCAUGCGUGCUCUUUCGGCGCUCCGUGCUCGAUCGCAGCAAAUGCCGUGUGCCGUUCGAUCGUGCCAUUAUCUUCAAAAACAAAUGCUUCUAUGCCAACAUUGAGGGCAAGCACGUCAAUUUGCUGGGCGCACCCGAGGUGGUUAACUCUGUAAAGGAUGUCGAGAUACUAAUAGAUAUUGUAGACUCGCUGGCCCUAUCCAGCGAUCUCGUUGAAAUGGUCACGUCCAAGUAAUAAGCAUCAGCUUGGCUGGCUGGGUAUGUAGGGAUGUAAGGAUCCAUGGGUACAUACUCUUCAUAAGUAUGUAUACAAAGUAGGGCACUUGAGCGAAUUGCUUACAUACCUACACACAAACACACACACACACACAUACACACAUAGACACACGCAUGCAUAUAUAUAUUAUAUGUAUAUUUUUUUGGAUUACCUAUAAUCUAUUUUUUUUUUUUUUAUUCGAUUUAAAUUAGUUGUAAUAGUUACUUUAGCGUAAUAGUUAUUUUAGCUGUUCGUUAUAUCUACAUUAAUGUAAUAAAAACAAAACAAAAACUAAAAGAUUUAAAGGUAAACUUCACUAUACCCAAUCAUGGGUCCAAAUCCCCGAACUUUAUAUACUAAAUUAUGGCUAUUGCAAAUUGUUUACAAACUGGAUGUGUGGAAAAAAAACGUUGCAUGCCGCUCGGACGAAGACUUUUGAUGUGAAAUCUAUAAUUUUAAAAUAAUUUUACAUGAUAUAUUAUAUAUGUGUAGGCAUAAAGAGAGUUUUGAAAAACAAAAAUAUCACUUUUUAAUUUGCAAACGAAAAUAAUGUUUAGUUGAUUUAUACAAUAAAUAACGUGCACCCGAAUGCCUGGUGUAAUAAUAAUAAUAA